GGCCUGUUCAUCCCUUGUCGGUGCUGUGAAUGAAGCUGGGUGUGCAUCUGCACAGGGGGAGAUGCAAUGGUUCAGCCCUUCCCUGCACCUUCUCUCCAUCAACACGAGGUGAAAACUAAUUUUUCUCUCUGUCUCCCAUGUUAAAUCUCUGAAGUCAGUACUCUUUUAUUUUUCUCCUGUUGUUCCAGGCCGGUUUGUAACUUCUUCAGCCAAUGUCUGUUUGUUUUUUGUGAUGAAGGAAAAGAAGCCAUUCAGGUCUAUGGAACACUGCUGCUCUUUACAUGUCAUGCUUAUAGUUCUGAUGUUACUGUGGUAUUUCUGAGCCAUCUCUCCCCUGUGCUGCCGUCCUUUCUGAAGGGAGAGGUUUUGGCUUGCAUUUGAGCAAGGAAAUGGUGGUACUGCAGAGCUGUGACUGCACCAGAAAACCACAAGAAGUGACAGAGCUCAAAAGGGCUGCGCUGUGUAAGCUUACACUUGUCAUGGGCUGAGCAUCCCAGUGCUCUUCUAAGGAUGGCACUAAAGUCUAUGAAGUCCUUCCCCUGACCAAUUCUGUAUCUUGGAAUAGGAGCAGCAGAUCACGCCGUUAAUUUGUGAGUACUCACUGAGACUUGCACAACCUUGUAUAGAACAUAGGUACUUCGGAAGUGAUUGAAGUGAGCAGUAAAGACCUCAUUGUCUUUCAGUACAAAUCAACCUGAGUGCCAAACCUGUAAUGUCCAAGGAUCCCUUAGGGUACAUGCAGCCCGUGCUGCUGAUCUCCGGGCAGUGGGCAGCUGCCUAGAAGGCUGAGGGGUGUGGGGGGAGUGGAUGCUUGGAGGAAACACGUGUUGUGCAGGGGAAUAGGGCUCUGCUGUGGGGUGUGCAGAGGUGGGAGGAGGGCUGGAGAGCUGCUCUCCUCAUUGUGCUUCAUUUGCACGUUGGUUCAUGGAAGGCAACAUGAGGAGCGAGGUAGACUUGCUGGCUGCUGUCACUGUUCUGGGAGUCCUGGAGCAAGCCUACUUUGCACUGCAGGUGAUCUACGCCCGGAGGAAGUACAAGAUCUCUCCCCCAGAGACAACGGGUCACCCCGAGUUUGAGCGGAUCUUCAGGGCUCAGGCGAACUGCUCUGAGUACUUCCCCAUCUUCCUCUCUCUCCUCUGGGUUGCUGGGAUCUUCUUCCAUCAAGGUGUGGCUGCAGCCUGCGGUGUGCUGUACCUCCAUGCACGCUUCCGCUACUUCCGGGGCUACAUGCAGGCUGCGCAGGGACGGUUGGGGCCGCUGUAUGCCAGCGCCCGGCUGCUAUGGCUGCUGCUGGGGCUGGCAGUGGCCGGGCUGCUGGCACACUUCCUGCCACCCCCGUCCUGCCCAUGGAUGCUGAUGUGGCCCCUCAAGCUGCUCCGUGCCCACUGAGCGAGGCCAUGGCUGCCUGGAGCGCUCAGCUCAGCCCUGGUGUGACGGUCAGCCUCCUGUCCCACUGCCCACCUCAUCGCUGUUGGAGCGUCACGCGGCGGAGAUGCAAGAAAUAAAUGCCUGUUCUCAAUAGGUAUCAUCUCUCAUUGCCAAAGGGGAUUGGGGACAGGGGGAGAAUGUCACAGGCUGAUGGGUCCCAUGGGAAAAGCUGCUGUGAUCAAAACUUGGAAGUGGGUGUGAGCUUGUCUAAGACCUUAUCCAAAC